AAGGAGGGAAAAGAAGAAGGAUCCUUCCUGUAGCCGCGAGCUUCAUGCUAGCGAUUAUUUUGCUUAGAAUUAAGAUUUUUUUUUUACUUUUACAUGUAUGUAGUGAGCCUUGUUGUUUUAGUAGGGUUGUUCCCUCUUAUUUAUUGUUAGCUUAGUCGCUGUUAGCAUACGCCAUUGUUUUUUGCAUCAGUAGUUAGUAGUGUUCUACGUUCAUCUGGUAGCAUGGGCAGAAAGUGCAGUGUGCUGGGCUGCAUUAGCUCUGUAGGCUUGCACAUCUUUCCUCAGGACUUUAAAAUUAGGCAACAGUGGUUGCGCUUAAUCGGCCUGGAGGAUGACAGUGAACUCCCGCCCGGCGCUGGUGUCUGUAAACUACAUUUUGCCCGCGAUUCCUUCGCCAACUUGAUGGAGUUUGAGAUGGGCUUUGCUAAGAGGCUAAUAUUAAAGCCUGAGGGAAUCCCCACCCUUGCUCUGCCUGUAGUGAGACAAAAGCCACACAGACAAGUGUCAAAGCUGCCGACACUGCUGCCCCGCCCACAAGGAGAUAACAGACCUGAGUCAAGAGCGACCAGAGAAAUCGGCUGUCAGACAGAUCACAUCCUCACCAAACAUGAAUUCGUCCAGGCCAACUUGAAGCCUAUUAGGAGAAGCAAAGCCACCCAAGCCCGAGCCUUUAACCGGAGCGUUGCUUGUGAAACUGAGACUUUGAUGGAAGCCCGUCUUCGUCAAGUGGCCUUUAUGACUCAAAAGAGAAAAAGGUGUGAGAUGUCAGCCUCUGACCCCAUCUUAAAUGUUAAUGCCACUUCAAGCUCUGUGAACUCUACAAGCUCGGCCUGUGAAGUUCCUCCACACAAAAAGAAAAAGUACGUCGUUCACGAGGAUCAGUUGCUCGGACUUUUUCAAAUCUGUCCUGUGUGCACCAAUCGCUGUACUGUGGACACCACCACGACUGGCUCACUGCUUCGUGUCACACAGCAAUGUCCCGAGUGCGACUACUUCAACCAGUGGUUCAGUCAGCCUACGGUGGACAGCGCCCCAUCAUGAAAUCUUCAUCUCCGUUCAGCUGUCUUUUUCAACUAAUCGCCACCUUCUCAGAUCUCCAAGAGUAAUGAAGGUGGAAACAGGAUCCAUAUGGAGAAGGGAUUUUUGUGCAGCCUGAGCUUCCUUGGAGAGAGCGAUGUGAAGCUGCAGACCAUCAUCACCGACGGACACACCACGGUGCAAAAGCUUUUAAGGAGGAGAAUAAUAAAAUUGCUCACUAUUCCAACCCCUGCCACACACCAAGGGAUAUGCAUUUUGUCUUAACAAAGGGAAGCCAUGCAUCGUCACAAAUUCAACAAACACCUACUGAAGUUAUUCAACCAUCCAGAAGAGGAAAAGAGCCUGUUUAUUUACUGUGUUCUAUAGAACUCUGUGGAUGAUAUGGCAGACCUCAUUU